AUGGGCAUGGGCAUGGGUGUGCAGGUUGGCAUGGGUGUGCAGGUUGGUAUGGGUGUGCAGGUUGGAAUGGGUGAGCAGGUUGGCAUGGGUGUGCAGGUUGGCAUGGGUGUGCAGGUUGACAUAGGUGUGCAGGUUGGAAUGGGUGUGCAGGUUUGCAUGGGUGUGCAGGUUGGCAUGGGUGUGCAGGUUGGCAUGGGUGUGCAUGUUGGCUUGGGUGUGCAGGUUGGCAUGUGUGUGCAGGUUGGCAUGGGUGUGCAGGUUGGCGUGGGUGUGCAGGUUGACAUGGGUGUGCAGGUUGGUAUGGGUGUGCAUGUUGGAAUGGGUAAGCAGGUUGGCAUGGGUCAGCAGGUUGGCAUGGGUGUGCAGGUUGACAUAGGUGUGCAGGUUGGCAUGGGUAUGCAGGUUGACAUGGAUGUGCAGGUUGGCAUGGGUGUGCAGGUUGUCAUGGUUGUGCAGGUUGGCAUGGGUGUGCAGGUUGGUAUGGGUGUGCAUGUUGGAAUGGGUAAGCAGGUUGGCAUGGGUCAGCAGGUUGGCAUGGGUGUGCAGGUUGACAUAGGUGUGCAGGUUGGCAUGGAUGCGCAGGUUGGCAUGGUUGUGCAGGUUGGCAUGGGUGUGCAGGUUGGCAUGGGUGUGCAGGUUGACAUGGAUGUGCAGGUUGGCAUGGGUGUGCAGGUUGUCAUGGUUGUGCAGGUUGGCAUGGGUGUGCAGGUUGGCAUGGGUGUGCAGGAGCCCUUUACUCACCCGUCUAAUCCAUGGCCCCAACGAUCCCCUCACGCACCCACCAGAUUUGCGGUCCCAAUCACAUUCCCGCCCACACCAUCCCGACCUGUGACCCCAAGGAUCCCGUUCCGCACCUAG